GGCGGGGGCUCGAAAGCGAAACCUUAACGGACCUUUCUAGGAGCUACCGGAGAGCUGAACUGGGAGCACUGGUGUGCACUGGUGAGUGCCCCGAGCUGGACUGGAAACACUGAUGUGGACUGGGGAGCUGAGAGGGCUGGACUGGGAAGUGUCUUCUGUGGACUGGGGAGCGCCCCGAGCUGAACUGGGAGCACUGGUAUGGACUGGGGAGCGCCCCAGGCUAGACUGGGAGCACUGGUGUGGACUGCUGAGCUCAGGGCACAAGACUGGUAGCACGCUCGUCUAGACUGGGAGCACUGGUGUGGACAGGGGAGCACCCCAGUGCUCACUGGUUUUAACUGGUGAGUUCUCAGGCUGUUGAUCCUUCCCACACAGGGAGCACUGGUCUGUACUGGUCCCGCCAUGGCGCUGCCAUCCGCUGCUCUCCUGCCCGGCCUUCUGCUGGUGGCCGAUGCCCUGGCGCUGGUGUUACUGGUGCCGCUGGUACCGCUGCUGGCUCCGCUGGGCGUGGCGGGCGUAUGGCUCGAAGCCGCCCUGCGCCUGCCCGUCCUGGUCGUGGCCACCUGGCUGCUCGCCCCGCGCCGUCCCCCCGGGGCCACCGCGGCCGCCCUGACGGUCGCCGCCACCCCCGCAGCCUUCGGAACCUUGCGGUCCCUCCUGGGCCCGCCCGGGGCCGGCCCGGGGCUCUUGGCAGCCGCCUCGCCCGCCUGGCUCGGGGUCGCCCACGCAGCUGCCGCACUGGCCCAGCUGGCCUGGGCCGCGCCCCCGGUCCCUGGCGGUGUCCCUGAGACCCCCGGCGACGUCCCCAAGGCUGCUGGCACCGUCUGGCGCGUUCUGGCACUGACCUGGGAGGAGCGGAACGUCCUUGGAGCCGCCGUCCUCUGCCUCGUGCUGGCGGCCAUUGGGGAAACAUUGGGACCCUACGUCACCGGGAAGGUGCUGGAUGCCAUCAGCAGUGGGGAUGGACUCACCGCUGGAGCUGUCGGCAUGGUGGCGGCUGCUGGAGCCACCAGUGUGCUGUUUUCUGGGUGCCGUGGGUGCUUCUUCCUACUGUUGAGAGCACGUCUCCGUCGGAGCCUGAGCCUUCGGCUCUUUUCCCACCUGGUGCACCAAGACUUGGAUUUCUUCCAGGGAAGGCCAGCAGCUGAGCUCCUGGCUCGGUUUUCCACCGAAGUGCCUCAGGUGUGCUCGGCGGCACCGACUGCAGCCAACCAGCUGCUCCGAAGCCUGGGAAUGGCCCUGGUGGUGGGGGUGUUCAUGGUGGGGCUGGCACCGGGCCUGGCACUGCUGGCACUGCUGGAGGUGCCCCUUGGAAUCACCACCCGCCGCAUCCAGAGCACCCGGAAACAGGCACUUCAGCAAUCCAUGCUGGAAGCAUCUGCCCGGACAUCCUCAGGGGUGCAGGAAUCUGUUGCCGCCAUCGAGACAAUCCGUAUCUUUUCGGCUGAGGAGGAGGAGGAAGAGGAACACAGCUGCAACCUGGCCAAGGAGCUGAGGCUGAAGGAGCGGAUAGAGCUGGAGCUGGCAUUCUUCACCCUUGUCUACAGGAUUCUCCACCUGACUAUCCGGGUCCUAGUGCUCUUCCGGAGCCAUCAGCAGCUCCGUGAUGGACACAUCACUCCUGGGGUCCUCGUCACCUUCCUGCUGUACCAGGACACGGUUGGCAGUCAUGUCCAGGUGCUGCUCUACGGCUUCAAUGAAUUCCUGACCAACGCGGCUGCCGGCCGGAAGGUCUGGGAAUACCUGGAUCGGAAACCCACAAGGGACAUCGGGGGGACGCGGGAGCCCCCUGAGCUUCAGGGCCAUGUCACUUUUCAGAAGGUCUCCUUCACGUAUCCUGGGAAUCCAGAGCACCCUGUGCUGAAGGAUGUAAGCUUUGAGGUGCGUUCCGGGGAGGUGACGGCGCUGGCGGGGCCCAAUGGAAGCGGGAAGAGCACGGCCGUGGCACUGCUGGAGUGUCUGUGGGAUCCUGGGAGCGGGAAGGUGCUGCUGGAUGGGAUCCCACUGCCAGAAUAUGAACACCAGUACCUGCACCGGAAGGUGGUGCUGGUGGAGCAGGAUCCCGUCCUGUUUUCUGGAACAAUCCGUGAAAACAUCGUGCUGGGGCUGGAACACUGCAAAGAGUCAGAGCUGCAGGAGGCCGCCACUGCUGCUGGAGCCAUGGACUUCAUCCAGGGGCUGGAGCAGGGCUGGGACACGGGUGAGAGCUGGGGGAAUACCAAGGGAAUCCUGGGGCCUGGGGCUUCAUCCUGGGGUUGGAGGGGGGCUGGUGAGAGCUGGGGGGAUGGGGCACCCCCUGAUCCCAAGAUCCUCUGGCAGAGAUGGGAGAGCAUGGGGGCUCUGGAUGAUGGAGACGAGGGGGCGGCACAGCGCUGGGUGCGCACUGGGCUGGCCCAGACCGUGCUGGUCGUGUCCCACCGGUUGCGGGUGCUGGAUGCCGCCGAUCGCCUGGUGGUGCUGGAGCACGGAGCCGUGGUGGAGAGCGGGACGCCAGCCGAGCUGCGGGAACGCUGCGGCGCCUACAGCCGUCUGCUCCUUGCUGGAGGCAGCACUGAGGCCCCUAGGAUGGGCAGCGAGAAGGGGGCUGCAUCUGGCACAGAAUAAAGGGGAAUUAGCCCCAGUGUCCCCAUACCUGGUGUCACCAGCCAGCUCCUGGUGUCCCCAGUCAGUGUCCUGUGAAUCUCUUAUCCCCGCAUCCUCUGGAUCCCAGCUCCCUGUGUCCCCCAGGUCUGCCCAUUCCCUGGAUGUCUGUGUCCCUUGGAUCCCCACUCCCCAUGACUCCUGUGUCCUUCUCUGUGUCCUCCAUGCACAGAUCACCUGUAUCCAAGCCCCACCCAAUGAUCCCCAUGUCCCCCAUGUCUGCUCCUGGACAUGAGAUGCAGAGUGGGAAAUAAAUCCCAAGGUAAGGAUCUGGGUGUGGAUGUCAUAUCCUCAUCACACGCCUGCUCUGCUCACUCCAAGCUCCUGAUGUCCCCAGUCCUUUCCCAAUGUCCCCAUCCCUAUGCCCAGUGUCUUCAUCCCAGUUCCCUAUGUUCCCUUUUCUAUUCAUGGUUCCCAGAGAGGAACUGCUAGGCACUAGAGGAGGAAACUGGGAUUUAUUGCCCAAACUAGGGUA